CCUGCGUGCUGUAGGGCGCAGUAGUAUAGGCACAGGCGCUUGGUUUAUUGCUCGUGCUGCGUGCUCGCGGUGCGCAGGAAGGACGGUUGAACCGGUCGGUCUGGGAGGCGUGUAUGCGAACCCGCUCGCGCUCAGUCGUUCUGCUCUGCCGGCUCGUGCGUGUUCUGUACUUUACUUUCCCUACAUUCCCUUUCUCUCUUUUUCAUUUUUUUAAUCAACUAUCUCUUUUUAGUUGUGUGGAGGGGAAGGAGCCUGCAGUUUGUUGUUGGCGUACGACCACCAAUAAGCUGAGAGAGCGAGAGAGAUAGAGAGAGAGAGAGCGUGCGAAAGAGAGAGAGAGAGAGAGAGAGAGAGAGAGCGAGCGACUGCCCGCGCGCGCUCUAGCUCACUGAAAAGUUCAGCGCUCACCGCGGGGCGCACGAGCUGCUUCAGAUCCACCCCGCGCGCAUCGGGGCUGCGUGGUAUUCUGUGGUAUUCCGCGCGGGGGAGAGACGCACGAGCAGCGCGCCAUAAAUACAGCACCUUUGAGACGCUACCGAGCCCACGCACGGAUUUAACCCGCGCGAGACUACUUCUCCACACCAAGGAUAUAUAUUCUAAUCGCACUUCUUCACUAUUCCCAAAGGAACGCCAAUUAAAAACAUAAUAAUAAAAAAAUAACUAAACAAAACAGCGCGCUGGGGGCACGAAGAUGUAGCCUCGCCAUCUGCGCACCCCCAUCCACCCGCACGAGCUGUAGAGCUACAACUCUCGGGCUUCUCUGUCAUGCUCCGGGAUUGAUUGACAGCCAUUCCCGACCUGGCCGCGCGCUCUCAUGUGAAGGGAGCGCGAGGAGCGCGAGCUGCACGAGCGUCCCGCCGUUUAGGAACGUCUCUGCACUGAGGAGCCGAGGAACGCGUCCGUUUUGCCUACUGGACACAGUGUGAUUUUGUGCGCCAUGUAUCGCGUCCUGCAGCCUCGGGUGUUUUACAUCUGGAUUACACUAAUCUCUGGAGCCAUGGCUGAGUUGACGUGCGAAGCUUUGCUCCUGAUCCCCAACCUUACCGUUCGUGCUAUUGUGCUGUUGAAUGAAACAUCCAGCUCAACUAAUUCUACAGGUUUGUUCUGUAACAUAUACACAGACGCCAUCGGGACGUGCUGGCCCAAGAGCAGCGUGGGUGAAGUGAUAUCACGGCCCUGCCCCGACACCUUCCACGGGGUCCGCUACAACUCCACAAAUAAUGUCUACAGAGAAUGUCUGGACAACGGGACGUGGGCAAGGAAGGCGGACUACUCGCAGUGUCUGGAAAUACUUAAUGAAGAGAAAAAGAGCAAGCUGCACUACCACAUUGCAGUGAUCAUAAACUACCUGGGCCAUUGCAUCUCUCUGGGUGCCCUGCUGGUCGCCUUCAUCCUUUUCAUGAGGCUCAGGAGCAUUCGGUGCCUGAGGAACAUCAUUCACUGGAAUCUAAUCACAGCCUUCAUCCUCCGCAAUGCUACCUGGUUCGUAGUGCAGCUAACCAUGAAUCCGGAGGUGCAUGAGAGCAACGUGAUCUGGUGCAGGCUGGUCACUGCAGCGUAUAAUUACUUCCAUGUGACCAACUUUUUCUGGAUGUUUGGUGAGGGCUGCUAUCUGCACACGGCCAUUGUGCUGACCUACUCCACUGAUAAGCUGAGGAAGUGGAUGUUCAUUUGCAUUGGCUGGUGUAUCCCAUUCCCCAUUAUUGUUGCAUGGGCCAUUGGCAAGCUUUACUACGACAAUGAAAAGUGCUGGUUUGGGAAGCGAGCUGGCGUUUACACUGACUACAUCUACCAAGGCCCCAUGAUACUUGUACUCCUGAUCAACUUUAUUUUCCUUUUCAACAUUGUGAGAAUUCUGAUGACAAAGCUGAGGGCCUCCACCACUUCAGAAACCAUUCAGUACAGAAAAGCAGUGAAGGCCACUCUGGUUCUGCUUCCACUGCUGGGCAUCACUUACAUGCUGUUUUUUGUGAACCCUGGGGAAGAUGAGAUCUCCCAGAUUGUUUUUAUCUAUUUUAACUCUUUUCUGGAGUCCUUUCAGGGCUUUUUUGUCUCAGUGUUUUAUUGCUUCCUGAACAGUGAAGUUCGCUCAGCAGUCCGGAAGCGAUGGCACCGCUGGCAGGACAAGCACUCCAUUCGAGCUCGGGUGGCCCGGGCCAUGUCCAUCCCCACCUCCCCCACUCGGGUCAGCUUCCACAGCAUCAAGCAAUCGUCUGCAGUCUGAUCUCAACUGAUCUCAACUGAUCUCUACUGAUCUUAACAGACUUCAGCUGAUCUCAACUGGUCUCAACCACCAAAACCUGUCUGUAUUUUACUGCAACACCACCCCCACCCCCACCCUUACCCUUACCUUCCCUCCAAACCGACCUUACAGCUAACUACAGCUAACCCUCCACUCCCUCAAGCAAACCCAGGGAACAGCUGCGGUCCAAACAGGGUACGAGGCCUUUCCACUGAAUAACUGGUGCCUCGAAAAACUGCGGAGUUAAACACGGAGAGAGAGACGAGUAGAGGCAGGCGUGGAGCAGAGCCCCUCUCUGAUCAUGUGAAGGGAGGGGGGGCUGGACUCCAUCAUACUGUGCAGAAAAAAAGGAUAAAGGAAUAAAGGAAUAAAGGAUGGAGAUGCCUGACUCCAAAAAAAAAAACACUAUGAUGGAGACUAUCAGGUAGAAAUGAUCAAAGUUUAAUUUCAUUUUCUUCUUCUUCUUCCCCGGUCGGCCCUCCCCGUGUGUGCGCCAUUUUCUCAGUGGGAACCUUUUUCUUUUUUUUUUCCCCACCGCUGGCCCGGCUUCGCUAGCAGACCCGUCGGAUCAGGAUCAGGAUAAUGAAGCGCGGGAGCUCCGAGGAGAAACGUGUCGAAUUACUGCAGGUUUCAAAUCCAAACAUUUCUCUAACGUGGACGGUUGCUUUCUCAACAAACUGCUCACGUGGAUAGCAAGGGACGACUCCUGCUGAUGCCCAUCUGGGACGAAUCUUUCGCUGUUAUUGGAGUAGAGUCUCAAUAUGGGUAUAUAUAUACACAAUAUAUAGAUAUAAAGAUGAUGUUAUACGGAUGGAUGGCUGUCUUUCAAACGUAACUGCAUAAAAUAUUGCAGCUUUUACUGCAACUACGAGCCUUUAGUUUGUGGACUGAUUUCAUGUCUGUAGACAUGAUGCACUGUGUCGUCACCUUUGGUACACUGUAAAAAAACAACAAAGAAAAAUGUAGAAAAGGUAAAAGGUUAAAAUUAGGCCAGUUUAGAACAAUAAAAUAAAUACUGAUUUUAUAUAUAUA